AUGACUUCACAGACAGCUACCAAGUCCCUUGGGGAGAAGUACCUCGACGCCGACUUCGAUGCCUGGGUCGAGGGUCUACUGGCCAAGCACCGUGUUCCGGGACUUAGCCUUGCGGUGGUAGACAACGGAAAUUCUGUUGCAAAGGGCUAUGGCUUUGCACAGCUGCCUAAAGUUGCAGCCGACGCCGACACAUUGUACCACAUCGGUAGCACGACCAAAGCUAUGCUGGCCGCUGGACUUGGCUGCGCAAUGGACAACGACUCCGAACUGAAGGACGGAAACGAUAAACUGUCCCUGCUCCGCAAGACUCGCUGGUCAACGCCCAUCCGCUCCAUUUUGCCUGAAGACUUCGUUCUGGAAGACAAGCAUGCCACCGACGCCGUUACUAUCGAAGAUGCUCUGUCGCAUCGCACGGGACUCGCCGGCGCCGACAUUAUGUAUGGGGACUGGAUGGGACAGAAGCCUAAAGCCAUCGUGAAAGUGUUGCGACAUCUUGGACCCCUAGCCGCCCCAAUUCGCACCGCCUGGCAGUACAACAAUCUAAUGUACAGUACCGUAGCUGAUGUGCUCGAGACCGUCACAAAAUGGGAAUGGGGUUCAGCCCUGCGCCGACUGAUCUGGGAUCCGCUUGGGAUGAAACACACCUACUGGCACUUAGAUGAGGUCCCCUCAGACCAAAAGGACCAUCUUGCUCAAGGAUAUUUCUGGACGGAGUCCAGCAAUUCAAAGGCGAACGAUGCCGCUCAACAUUUCGUGCCCGAGCCGUAUCUGGAGUUUGCAGGCAUCGCUCCUGCUGGAAGUGUCAUCUCGUCGGCAAAUGAUGUCGCCGAGUGGAUCAAAGCCCUUCUUUCCGCGGCCAAGAGUCCGGAUGAGAAAGGGACUACUCAAGCAAACCCUGUCAUGUCCAACAAGCUGUUCGCCGAACUGACAACUCCCCGAAUGAUCGCACCUCAGCCCCCAGCUGCGGUGCAGAACACCCAGACGCAUCCCCGCUUGUACUCGCUGGGAUGGUUCCACAUGCCUAGUGUGGCAGGUAUCAGCCAUCCGAUCGUUGCGCAUGCGGGUGGGUUGAACGGAUUUGGCACACAAAUGUACCUGCUUCCAAACGACGGUUUCGGCUGCGUGGUCAUGUGCAAUACCCUGAUGUCCGGCCAUCGUGUGGCAGAGAGUAUCGUCCUCGAACUCAUGGCGAGAAAAUUGGGGCUCUCGGCGGAAGUGAAAGAGGAGUUUCGGAAGACGUUGACCGUCAUUCCGCCGUUGGACGAAGCUAAGCAAGAAGACGGCACUCUGGAGGAGGCGAGUAGUGAGGCCAAGAAAGAGCCUUCACCAUCGGAAGCAUGGCUUCAGUUCACCGGACAAGUGGUCGGCACGUACAGCAACCCCGCCUACGGCAAAUACGCAGUCCAGAGCCAUGAACCCGGUGCCGAGAGAAUCACAUACGACUCUGCUUUGCCAAGAGACAAACGCAAAGAGCGCGACGGCCUCCGAUCGAACGCCAACUCUCUGUCGUUCAUCCCACUCGGCCAUCGCACUUGGAACAAUCGUUUCAUCUUGCAUUCGCGCGCGGCAGAUGCGGAGAGCAGCAUCAAGGCCGGGAACGCCGAUUCAACCACGAAGUUUCUAGACUUGGAGUAUUUCAUGAUGCACGGUUCUCCUCUGGAAACCGCUGCGCAAGCCGGUGGAAAGCAGGCAUCAGACGAUCCCAUGCCCUCGCUGUCGGUCUGGGAGAGCGCCCGAUGGUGCCCUUAUGGUGGUGCAGUGAAGUUUGAAAAAGGCUCGACGAGACUGGGCGUGAGACUGGGUACGAUGCAGCUGCAUACUGAUGGCAAGGAUACGGAUGGUUGGGAGAAGGAGAUGGUGUGGUUUGAGAAAACGGGCUGA